AUGCCAGUCAACUUUCAACCAGAUCCUCCAUUUUAUCCGCUGGCAGAGAACGACCAUGCCGCGCUCGUCGUCGUUGCUUCACUGAUCUUCCUGAUCUACGCCAUUGUUGGAAUAUCUCUGAAACUCGUCAUCCGUCUCAACAUUACGUCUUUGAAAAGUCAUGAUGUGGCAUUACUGGUCGCGAGUGGCUUGCUCCUCUCACAGACAGUCUGCAUCAUCGUCGCUUGCAACCACGGACUCGGGCGUCAUCAGGAUACAGUAGAGUCUCGCGAUCUAGAGACAUUUCACCAGCUCUUUUAUACAUCGUCUCUGCUUGCCAUCGCCACUGCCGCCAGCACCAAAGUUUCGCUAUGCCUCCUCAUCCACUCCAUCGAUAAUCACGGCCGACUCAAUCUUGCGAACAAGUUACUAUUCGGCACCAUCGUCGCAUGGGGCGUAUCUGGUAUCUUCGCGGUGGCAUUUCAAUGUUCUCUUCCCCAGCCAUGGCGCGCCAUCACGGCAGAGAAGUGCCCAAGUCGGGAGCGAGUUUUUCUGUACAACGGCGUAAUGGAUAUUGUUACGGAUGUUUCAUGUAUCCCGAGUCUGAAAGGAGUCAUUGACAGCCUCCUCGGGUCUACUUCUGUAGCCGCCAUCCGGGCGCCUUACCAUUUGACCUCGUCAGGCAAGGAUGGCAGCAGGCUUCAACCAACAAGUCUGCUGAUCGGCAGCGGGUCCAACACGAGACCGGGGUCACAUCUGGCGAGCGGCGCAGGAGAUUCGAGGACCGCAAGGGCCGGGUCAAUCUGUUGCGGGAUUCACGGCUCUGCAGAAAAAGAAGAUGUCGGCUACAGUGAGAGCGUGAGGAGAUUGACACGGGGUGGAGAGUUUGGAAUGUCUCCUGAUGAGAGGCGUAGAUCGAGCUCACAAGAGGGAUCUCUGAAGUCUGGUGAAGCUGAGCUACGCUAG